AAAGAACCCUCUGGACGACUUAGCGAGUUACAUAAAAAGACUUACUUCUAGCCGUCGUCAAACUGUAUCUCUCUCGAUUUGACAGAGAGAACCCGGAAUCGAACUCUCUCUCUCUCUCUCUCUCUCUCUCUCUCUCUCUCUCUCUCUCUCUGUCCCAAAUGGCGAACCCGACCGAUAAUCUCGACCCGAAUCCACCAACCCGAGAACCAGAAGACGAAGUGGAACAAGCACAAGAUCCGAACAGCGACGAAGGAGAACUAGAAGAGGAGGAGGAAGACGGCGAUGAUACAGUAGUAUCCAAUCCUCAAACCAAGACGGAAUCGCUCUUCCGCCGCAUGAGAUCCGCUCCCGUGCCGGUGCGCGUCCACGACGUGAUCGUCAGAGGAAACGACAAGACCAAGGACCACGUCAUCGAGGCGGAAGUGGAAGCCGUGAGGGAAGCGAACACGCUGCAGGAGCUUCUAGAAGCUUCUAGGGUUGCCAAUUCGAAUCUCCGAGCGCUCGAUAUCUUCGAUUCCGUCAACAUCACGCUCGAUUCCGGCCCUACUGAGCUCCCCGGUACGACCAAUGUGGUCAUCGAAGUCGUCGAGAGCAAACACCCUCUCACCGGCCAAAUCGGUGCCUACACUAGAGCUGAGGCGAAGUCAUCAUGCAUUGAAGCGUCAUUGAAGUACAAGAACAUUUUUGGGUAUGGAGAUAUAUGGGACGGGUCUAUGGUGUAUGGAUUUGACAGCUCUGCUGAGGUUGGCAUGGGGAUGUAUUUGCCUAGGUUCAGAGGACUUCCCACUCCUUUUAGCUCUCGUCUUUACCUCUCGACUCAAGACUGGCUUAAGUUCUCUUCUUAUAAAGAACGGUCUCUCGGACUUUCCCUAGGGCUUCUCUCUAGCAAGUAUCACGACCUUGUCUACACUGUAGCCUGGCGUAGCCUUACAGACCCGUCUCGUUCGGCUUCAGAAUCAGUAAGGAGGCAGCUGGGACAUAGUUUGCUUUCUGCAUUGAAGUAUACUUUUAAGUAUGACCAGAGAGACUCGUACCUGAGGCCAACGAGUGGAUACGCUUUCACAUCUACUUCUCAGAUUGGUGGUCUUGCUCCUGAUAGCAGAAGCCUACGCUUUUUAAAGCAGGAGAUUGAUCUUCGGUGUGCUGUUCCUUUAGGGUUUUACAAGGCUGCUCUGAACUUUGGUGUCUCUGGGGGUGUCACGUUUCCGUGGGGAAGCGGAUACCAGAACCGAGCUUCCUCUGUGCCGGAGAGGUUUUUCUUGGGUGGCAAUUCAUCGCCUGUAUGCUCUUUGGGCGGGCCAUCAGCGCUGUGGGGGUUCAGUACCAGGGGACUCGGUUCCAACGAGCCGAGGAGGAGAGGCGAUGUUGAAAGAGAUUUCGUUGGGGGAGAUGCUGCGGUGACUGCGUUUGCUGAUCUCUCGUUUGAUUUGCCGUUUAAAUGGUUGAGAGAGAGAGGAGUCCAUGGGCAUGUGUUUGCAUGUGCGGGGAACAUGGCAAAGCUAACGGAGAAUGACUUUAGAAACUUGAGUGGUUCAAAGUUGUUGGAGACGUUUAGAACUUCAGUUGGUGCUGGGAUCGUAUUACCAGUUAGUCUCUUCCGUAUGGAGAUUAAUUACUGCCAUAUAGUGAAGAAACAAGAACACGAUCGAGCAAAAUCUGGUUUUUUCCUGACAUUCUCGGCCUGAGGAGUUUUAGUUGAAGAAAAGCUAUCAGCCUUGCCCCAAUGUCUGGUAGAAUUCUUCGGUUUCAGGCAGUUUGAUUUAUUAUCUUAUUUGAUAAAUUUUAGAAAAGAGUUAAGAUUUUUUGGACAUGUUUGCAUACUUAAAACUUUGAUGUAUGUUUUUGUGUUCGGUCAAGAAAGAAAUUCAAGAUUCAUUGAAAUUUGACUUGGUUGCAUAUUUGUACUCAUUUACAAAAGGUUUACGGAUUUCAAGAUUCUUUGUUUUUGUCAAGUUGUUGUGUGUACUGCCAUUUACAAAGGUUGAAAGAUUUCAAGAUUAUUACGGGUUUAUUUUCUAGUG